AGCAGGGGCGACUUCCGCUGCCUGAUAUUACUUCCAGGGCGUCGCGGCGUCACUUCCUCCUCUUCUUCUGGACUGUCUUCGGCAGAGGCAGGCCAACCGGCAACAUGACUCAACUCAGACCACUCAGGAGGCCUAAAAUCGUCAAGAAAAGGACUAAGAAGUUCAUCAGACAUCAGUCCGACCGCUAUGUCAAGAUCAAGAAAAACUGGAGGAAACCCAGAGGUAUUGACAACAGAGUGCGCAGGCGCUUCAAGGGUCAGAUGUUGAUGCCCAACAUCGGUUAUGGAAGUAACAAGAAGACCAAACACAUGCUGCCCUCUGGAUUCAGGAAGUUCCUGGUUCACAAUGUCAAGGAACUUGAAGUCCUCAUGAUGAGCAACAAGUCCCAUUGCGCAGAGAUCGCCCACAAUGUGUCUUCCAAGAACAGGAAGCUCAUUGUAGAGAGGGCUGCUCAGUUGGCCAUCAAGGUCACAAACCCCAACGCCAGACUCCGCAGCGAGGAAAACGAAUAAUCUGGUUAUCUUGUUGUCUUUUCAAUAAAGUGGAAAAAAGAGGAA